ACGUCAUCACUGCGCGCCGCCUCUCCUCAAACAACGCUCGCACUCCUCCGUCAGCGCUCUCCGUGUAAUUCGGUGUUUUGGGGCUGGCUCGUGUUGCCGUGGAUCGUUAGUUCUUCUAUUUCUCUCGUGCAGGGUGGGAGUGUACUUUGUAGUCGACGCUCACUUAUUUGGAGAUGGAGUCCGGAGAGAACACCGAGGGGGGGGAGACCGCCCCUCUGUCGGCGGCCCAGAGGAGGGCAGAGAUCCGCAGGAGGAAGCUGCUCAUGAACUCCGAGGACAGGAUGAACAGAAUCGUUGGCUUCCCCACGAACGAGUCCGAAAACAACGCCGGGUCGCUCCUGCGUCCUGCAGAACCUCGCUUCCACCUCGACCUCGACAGGACGGAGCCGCGGUCCUCCUCCCCCUCGGGGCUCGGAAGUCGCUCCCACGGCGCCACGCCAGAGAGGAGGGGCUCGCCGCCGCUGCCGGACUGCGGCGGCGAGCCCCCAGGAGGCUCCCUGGAAGCCGACCCCGCGGGGGUCCGUCAGAGGCCGAGGGGGGAGCGGGUGCCAGACGACCUGGGCGGCUCCCCGCGCCAAGGCCUCCAGAAGUACCUCUCCCGCUUCGACGACGCCAUGAAGCUGCGAGGUCAGAUGGCCAACGAGAAGCCGGCCCAGGAGGGGGGGGCCGAGGCCGAGGACUUCGACCCGUUCAGGGUCUUCCGGCUCGUCGGCAGCGUCCUGCUGGCGGUCUUCGUCAGGGGUUUUGUCUGCAGGUUUCUGUCGAUAUUUGCUCCGUUUCUGACCCUGGAACUGGCCUACAUGGGGCUGUACAAAUACUUCCCAAAGGUGGAGAAGAAGGCUCAGACCACCGUGCUCACCGCGGCGCUGCUGCUGUCCGGCAUCCCGGCCGAGGUCAUCCACCGCUCCAUGGACACGUACCGCAGGAUGGGCGACGUCUUCGCCGACCUCUGCGUCUACUUCUUCACCUUCAUCCUGUCGCACGAGGUCCUGCUGCUCGUCGGCUCGGAGGCUCCUGACGGGACGGGAGGCUCUCUGUCUCCAUAGCAACGAGGCACUGCUGAGCGCUCAUGCUAAGCUACGUGUGACCACAGGGUCUACAGGCUGUUGUUGUUGUUUUAACAGAUCUGAGUAAAUUUGCUUGUAGAAGAACGUGCAGCAUUGUUUUGUGGUGAUAUUUAUUUAUUCAACACUAAAAGUCACAAAGAUGAAACGUUUCCAGCUUAAAGUUCCAGAGAUUCGUUUCUAACUUUACUUCUGACUACAAGCUCAAAAGAUCUGUUCCUUUUUCUUCCUUCUCCUGUAACAUCAGCCAGAGAGAAACGUGUGGAUUAUUUUAGAAGCCACAGCAUGGAGGAACGAUCAUGAUGAUGAUGUCAUGAAUCUUCUCGUGGCCCUGCUUUGAAUCAAUGUUUUUCCUCAAGUCAGAGGAAGGAAGCAUUGAUCAUUUCGCCUUUAAAAGUCCAGUUUUUUAUUUUGCUUUUAUUUUAAGUGCAUUUGUUGCUUUUGGGCCAUCGGUUGUUUUUUUGUGCUUCUGAAGAUUCGUCCCCCUUAAAGCCUCAUUCAUAUAAAUGUUUCUUCCCAUACUCUCUUCUGUGCUCCUUAUUUAUUAAAGUGAAUUUCAGACUUGAGGGUUUUUGCUUAAAACAUCUUUCUUCAGUAAGUUACUCGUGAUGUAAAACCCAACGAUUCAAACCAAAUAAAAACGUGUGCGACGCCCUGA